AUGUCAGGACAGUUUGCAGAUGUGGGCAAAAUGCCAUCUUCACAGUUGGGACCAGUAGCAUCUUCUAUGCCUACGCCUACAGAGCAACCAUCUCAGAAAAAAGUGAUAGCUGCCCAAGUAAAAGACAAAAAGAAAGAACAGGAAGUAAAAAGAGAAGCUGAAAAAGUAAAAGAACCAUCAAUUGAAACAAUUCGCCCCAAAGCAAGCACUGAUCAAAAACAGGAAGAGAGUAAGCUAGAGAAAUGCAAAACUCCAGCCCCAGAAGAAAAAAAGCCACUCCCUGAAGAAAAAAAGCCACUCCCUGAAGGAAAAAAACCACUCCCUGAUGAAAAAAAGCCACUCCCUGAAGGAAAAAAGCUACUCCCUGAAGGAAAAAAACCACUCCCUGAAGGAAAAAAACCACUCCCUGAAGAAAAAAAGUCAAGACCUGAAGACAAAAAGCCACAUCUUGAAGAAAAAAAGCCAACUGCCAAAGACAAAAAGCCAGCCUCUGAAGACAAAAAAUUAUCUCCAGAACUAAAAACAUCAGUUCUACAGGAGAAACAGAAACAUGACUUACUUAAAACUCAGGCACAAAUUGCUGAAGAAAAGCUCCAAGUCAGAGUGGCUCCAAAGGCGGUGCAAGAAGAGAAACAACCACAGACGAAGAUGGAAGAUUUACCAUCUGACAAAAGUCAGGGUUUGCAUAAGGGAGAUGAUGAAACAACCCAAAAAAUAAAAGAACAGACAAAAGCAACAUGCAUAGCAAAAUCUGAUCAGGUGGAAACUAGGAAAGAAAAAACAGAAAAGGAAGAUGACAAAUCAGACGCCUCAAGCUCUCAGCAGCCAAAAAGCCCCCAAGGUCUGAGUGACACAGGGUACUCUUCUGAUGGAAUAUCAAGCUCACUUGGUGAAAUUCCGAGUCAUAUUCCAAGCGAUGAAAAGGAUUUGCUCAAGGGCCUCAAAAAGGACUUUUUUUCCCAGGAAAGCAGUCCUUCCAGUCCCUCUGAUUUGGCUAAGUUAGAAAGUACUGUCCUAUCUAUUUUGGAAGCUCAAUCUAGUACACUUGUUGAUGAAAAGUCAGAAAAGAAAACAAAACCCCAGGGAGUUUCUCCAGAGCAACCUAAAGACCAACAGAAAACUCAGACUUUUUCUGAAACGCUGGAAAUUACUGUUCCAGAAGAGCCACCCAAGGAAAGUCAAGAAGAAAAGAAAGACACUUUUAAAAAAGAUGACCAACAAGGCAUCCCUUCCAGAAAGGACUAUAAAGAAAAGUUUGAGUUUGUUGAUGACAUAGCUGGAAGAAGGCAAACUUAUGAUUCAGUUGAAGAUAGCAGUGAAAGUGAAAACUCACCUGUUCCACAAAGAAAACGGAGAACUAGUGUUGGUUCCUCAAGCAGUGAUGAGUAUAAACAGGAAGAUAGUCAAGGAUCAGGUGAAGAGGAAGACUUCAUUCGAAAGCAAAUCAUAGAAAUGAGUGCUGGUGAAGAUGCUUCAGGUUCUGAGGAUGAUGAGUUUAUUAAGAACCAACUCAAAGAGAUUAGCAGUAGUAUAGAAAGCCAGAAGAAGGAAGAAACAAAAGGAAAAGGAAAAGCAACAGCAGGGAAACACAAGCGACUGACAAGAAAAAGUAGUGCGAGCUUUGAUGACGAUGUAGGGAGACGUCAUUCAUGGCAUGAUGAAGAUGAUGAGAUGUAUGAUGACAGUUCUGAACUUAAAUACAGAGAAACCAAAAGUCAAGAGAGUGAAGAACUUGCAGUUGCUGGAGGUGGAGGGCUACGUCGAUUUAAAACCAUUGAACUCAACAGCACAAUCACAGAUAAGUAUUCUGCAGAGUCAUCACAGAAAAAAACAACUUUGUAUUUUGAUGAAGAGCCAGAAUUAGAAAUGGAAAGCCUGACAGACUCACCAGAAGAUAGGUCAAGGGGGGAAGGAUCUUCUAGUCUUCAUGCUUCCAGCUUCACUCCUGGUACAUCCCCUACCUCAGUGUCAUCACUUGAUGAGGAUAGUGACAGUAGCCCAAGUCACAAAAAAGGAGAGAGCAAACAGCAACGCAAAGCGCGGCACAGAUCACAUGGCCCUCUUCUACCUACUAUAGAGGAUUCUUCAGAGGAAGAAGAAUUGAGAGAGGAAGAAGAAUUAUUAAAAGAGCAAGAAAAGCAGCGGGAGUUAGAACAGCAACAAAGAAAGACUUCUAGUAAAAAAUCAAAAAAAGACAAAGAUGAACUUCGAGCUCAGAGAAGGAGAGAGAGACCAAAGACACCACCCAGCAAUCUCUCUCCCAUUGAAGAUGCUUCUCCAACAGAAGAAUUACGUCAGGCUGCAGAAAUGGAGGAGCUCCACCGAUCUUCUUGUUCUGAAUAUUCGCCUAGCAUUGAAUCAGACCCAGAGGGUUUUGAAAUAAGCCCAGAAAAAAUAAUAGAAGUACAGAAAGUUUAUAAAUUGCCCACAGCUGUGUCUUUAUACUCCCCAACAGAUGAGCAAUCUAUUAUGCAGAAAGAAGGUGGCCAAAAGGCAUUAAAAAGUGCUGAGGAGAUGUAUGAAGAAAUGAUACAUAAAUCCCACAAAUAUAAAGCUUUUCCAGCUGCAAAUGAACGAGAUGAAGUGUUUGAAAAAGAACCUUUAUAUGGUGGGAUGUUAAUAGAAGAUUAUAUUUAUGAGUCGUUAGUAGAGGACACAUACAAUGGAUCAGUAGAUGGCACUUUGCUAACAAGGGAAGACGAAGAAAAUGGAUUUAUGCAGCAGAAAGGGAGAGAGCAAAAAAUAAGACUUCCGGAACAGAUUUAUGAAGACCCUAUGCAGAAGAUUACAGACCUCCAGAAAGAGUUUUAUGAGUUAGGAAGCUUGCAUUCUGUUGUGCCUCAAGAAGAUAUUGUUUCAAGCUCUUAUAUCAUCCCAGAGAGCCAUGAAAUAGUAGAUCUUGGCAGUAUGGUAAGUUCUACCAGUGAAGAAAAAAAAUUAUUAGAUGCUGAUACUGCCUAUGAAGAACUCAUGAAGAGGCAACAGAUGCAGCUAACACCUGCAUCCAGUCCAACCCAGCCCCCCAUCAGGGACGAUGUGACAGAGUCCACCAUGGACUUUGAUAGGGUGGCCGAUGCGUCUUUGACAUCAAGCAUUCUCUCAGGUGCAUCUCUUACAGAUUCAACCAGCAGUGCGACACUCUCUAUUCCAGAUGUUAAAAUAACCCAACAUUUUUCAACAGAAGAAAUUGAGGAUGAAUAUGUAACUGAUUAUACAAGAGAAAUUCAAGAAAUAAUUGCCCAUGAAUCACUGAUUUUGACCUAUUCUGAGCCCUCAGAAAGUGCUACAUCUGUCCCACCAUCUGAUACACCUUCUCUUACAUCAUCUGUUUCUUCGGUUUGCACCACAGAUAGCUCCUCACCUAUUACUACCCUGGAUAGCAUAACCACAGUUUAUACAGAGCCAGCGGAUGUAGUAACUAAAUUUAAAGAUUCUGAGGGAAUUUCUUCACCAACUUAUUUCCCAGGCAGCAUUAUUGACUAUCCGGACGAAAUAAGUAUAUCGUUAGAUAGGGCUGCCACAGCAGAUGGUAGGACUAGUGCUGAUCGUAUUACAAUUUCCUUAUCUGAUAUGGCUUCUUCUAUCAUAGAAUCUGUAGGAACUAAACUUGAGGCGCCUGUUGACAUUAUUUCCACCGACUUAUCUAUAGCUGAAAAAGCCAAGAAGGAAACUGGGAAUGGAGUUAUUCUAGAGGUUUUAGACGCUUACAGAGAUAAAAAGAAGGAAUCUGAAGCUGAAUUAAAAAAAAUUACCAUAUCUGAAACUGUGUUUGAUCAACCACCUUCUUCUGUAAAAGCUCUUCCAAUGAAGGAGCAGGUUUCAACCACAUACUUUGUAUCUGGAGAGGUAUUUGGCCAAGUAAAACCCGAGUCUCAGUUACCAUCUGGUAGUCCUUCUGUUUUCUCUCUUCCCACCAGAACUCGCCCAUUCCUCCGGAGUUCUUCUUUGGACAGAUCAGCCCAACCUCCUCCUCCUCCUCCCCCCCCUCCUCCUCCACCCCCACCUCCACCUCCUCCUCCUCCCCCUCCACUGCCUCCACCAACUUCACCUAAACCAACGAUUUAUCCUAGAAGAAAGGUACCAGUUACAGCUUCAGUGGCUCUAGCUACUACUGCUACCCCUCUGGUGGAUGCUGUUGCUGCCGUAGAGACCCCAGCUGUUCUGAAGAGUAAUGGGUUACCUGUAACAAAGAUAUGUACCCCUUCACCUCCUCCUGUUCCUCCUAAGCCGUCUUCAAUUCCAUCUGGGCUUGUAUUUACACAUAGGCCUGAGCCAGGCAAACCUCCAAUUGCCCCUAAACCAGCGGUUCCUCAGCUUCCAAUAACUACACAAAAAUCAACAGAUACACCUCCCAAGCCAAGUGCUUUAUCUUUAACUUCAACUAUGACACUGAAUUUAGUGACUUCAGCAGAUUAUAAAUUGCCUUCCCCUACCUCCCCACUUUCCCCCCACUCUAACAAGUCUUCACCAAGAUUUUCCAAAUCCCUCAUGGAAACCUAUGUGGUUAUCACAUUGCCAUCUGAACCUGGGACUCCAACAGAUUCUUCCGCUGGUCAAGCAAUUACCAGUUGGCCCCUAGGAUCACCCCCCAAAGAUCUGGUUUCCAUUGAACCGGUGUUUUCUGCUCCUCCUGUAACAGCUGCAGCAAUUCCAAGUUCCUCAGAGCAGAGACUAUACAUGUCAGGAGCUUUGGAGACAUUUUCUGCUAUCCCUGUCACAACACUGUCUACAUUUCAACCAGCCCCAUCUUCAGCUGCAAAAUUUCUCACAACUGAAGUUCCCAAAGUUGAAGUUUCAGCAGCUAAAAGUACAGUCCCUAGUAUUGGUCCCAGCAGUGUCUCUAUAACAAUUCCUCCAGAACAUCUUGCUCUAGAUACCCUACAUUUAGAGAAGCAUCAGUAUAAGGAGAAUGGAAAAUUGCAACCUGUUGGUGAUAUCAUUGAUCUGCGUACAGUACCAAAAGUAGAAGUUAAAGUAACCGAAAAAUGUAUGGAUCUUUCUGCUCCUAUGAUGGAUGUGAAAAGGCAGACCACAUCAAUUGAUGUUUAUGGGAGACAAAUUAGCACCGUGCAACCAUCCAUUAUAAAUCUUAGUGCAGCCUCAUCAGCAGCCUCAUCAGUAGUGACCCCAAUAUCCCUGGUCACUGAAGCAGUGACAGUUGUCACAUGCACAGCUAGUGCAAGUUACAGCACAGGCACAGAAAGCUUUAUGGGUAUAGAACCUACAAUGACAACACCACUCCAGCUAACUACGUCAAAGUAUGCUGAGCCCCCAUAUAGGACACCAAGUGGUCAAGCCUUUCCUACGCUUAAGGAGGAAGCACCAAUAAACUUAUCGCGAAGUACUCCAGCACAAGCAGCGACACUGGCUAUUACAAAACCUGUCACUGUACCUCCUGCUGGUAUUACAAAUGGAUGGACUGAUAGCACCACAUCCCAAGGGAUCAGUGAUGGGGAAGCAGUGGAUCUCAGUACCACAAAGUCUCAUAGAACUGUUGUAACAGUGGACGAAUCUACUUCAAGUGCAGUGACCAAAAUAAUAGAAGAUGAUGAAAAACCUGUUGAUCUGACUGCAGGAAGAAGAGCUGUGUGCUGUGACAUGGUUUAUAAGUUACCUUUUGGAAGGAGUUGCACAGCACAGCAACCUGCAACUACUCUUCCUGAGGAUCGUUUUGGUUAUAGGGAUGACCACUAUCAGUAUGAUCGGUCAGGGCCAUAUGGUUAUAGAGGUAUUGGGGGAAUGAAACCUUCCAUGUCUGACACUAAUUUGGCAGAAGCUGGACAUUUUUUCUAUAAAAGUAAGAAUGCUUUUGAUUAUUCUGAAGGAACUGAUGCAGCAGUAGAUCUAACUUCAGGGAGAAUUACAACAGGUCAGUAUGAUGUGGCAGCAGACCUAUCCUUGAAAUAUCAUUAUGGUGUUCCCCAUCUCAUUUCAGGAUGAAAAUGUGGUCUCUCUUCCAUUUUGUUAUUUUUUCUCUUUCCUUGGAUGUUUUGGCAACAUAUUUUGGAUUACAUGUGCGCUUUUGUUUUUUCAUUUUUUUAUUUGUUCUGCUCAAAAUCGCCUGCAUGUGCCUGCAUGUUCAACGUUGCUUUUAUUCUGCGUCUAAUUAGGUUAACCUGUGGAUUUGCAUGUAGCCCCAUUCAUUAUGUUCACCAAGAUGAGCGGGCUUUCAAACCCAAAAAGCAUCAUUCAUUCUGGGACUGGACUAUAACUCUGCCCUGUAUUUCAGGUGAGGUAAUGGAUUAUUCAAGCAAGACUACAGGUCCAUAUCCAGAAACACGACAAGUCAUUUCAGGCAUGGGGCUUAGUACCCCACAGUAUUCCACAGCAAGAAUGACUCCACCUCCCGGAUCCCAGUAUGGUGUGGGAAGUGUUUUGAAGUCAUCUGAUGGUGUUGUCUAUUCUUCAGUAGCAACUCCAGUACCUUCUACAUUUGCUAUCACCACACAACCUGGCUCCAUUUUUAGCACCACUGUGAGGGAUUUUUCUGGUUUGCACACAGCCGAUGCAGUGACUUCAUUAUCUGCCCUGCAUCAGAGCCAGCCAAUGCCCAGAUCGUAUUUCCUAACAACAGGUACAUCUGAAACGGACAUUGCAGUAACUGCUAUUGAUAUCAAUGCCAGCUUGCAAACCAUUACCAUGGAAACUUUUAGAGCUGAGACAAUAGACACUGUUCCCACUUUAACCACAGCAUCUGAAGUGUUUGCUGAAGUGGUGGAAGAAGAAAGUGCUCUUUUAAUUGUCCCUGAAGAAGAUAAACAACAACAGCAGUUAGACUUGGAGCGUGAACUCUUGGAACUGGAGAAAAUCAAGCAGCAGCGCUUUGCUGAGGAAUUGGAGUGGGAACGCCAGGAAAUUCAAAGGUUCCGAGAACAAGAAAAGAUCAUGGUUCAAAAAAAGCUGGAGGAGCUGCAGUCAAUGAAGCAGCACCUUCUCUAUCAGCAAGAAGAAGAGCGGCAAGCCCAGUUUAUGAUGAGGCAGGAGACGCUGGCUCAGCAACAGUUACAGCUUGAGCAGAUCCAACAGCUACAGCAACAGCUUCACCAACAGCUAGAGGAGCAAAAGAUUCGCCAGAUCUAUCAGUAUAACUAUGACCCUUCUGGAACUGUCUCUCCACAAACCACUACAGAGCAGGCGAUUUUAGAAAGUCAGUAUGCCGCCCCAGAAGGUGCUCAGUUUUGGGGGACCGACGAGGCAACCACUACAGCUUCAGCUGUUGUGGCAAUUGAAAUACCACAAAGCCAAGGAUGGUACACAGUUCAGUCUGAUGGCGUUACUCAAUACAUUGCCCCACCUGGCAUUCUGACAACUGUUUCAGAAAUACCUCUAACUGAUGUUGUUGUAAAAGAUGAAAAACAACCCAAAAAGCGAAGUUCUGGAGCUAAAGUCCGUGGACAGUAUGAUGAAAUAGGAGAAAAUAUGGGAGAUGACCCCCGAGGUUUUAAAAAGAUAGUGGACAGUGGUGUACAAACCGAUGAUGAAGAUGCAGGAGAUAGGAGUUAUGCAAGUAGGAGAAGGAGAACUAAAAAAAGUGUUGAUACGAGUGUCCAAACUGAUGAUGAAGAUCAGGAUGAAUGGGAUAUGCCCAGUAGAUCAAGGAGAAAAUCUCGUGUAGGGAAGUAUGGCGACAGCGCUACAGAGGCCGAGAAAACCAAACCCCUUUCCAAAGUCUCCAGCAUAGCAGUUCAGACAGUGGCAGAGAUAUCUGUGCAAACCGAACCAGUCGGAACCAUAAGAACACCUUCAGUAAAGGCACGAGUGGAUGCCAAGGUUGAAAUAAUUAAACAUAUUUCAGCACCUGAGAAGACUUACAAAGGGGGCAGCUUAGGAUGUCAAACAGAAGCAGAUCCAGACUCACAAAGUCCUCAGUAUCUGAGUGCUACAUCUCCACCCAAAGACAAGAAACGCCCAACACCUUUAGAGAUUGGUUAUUCAUCUCAUCUUCGGGCAGAUUCCACAGUACAGCUGGCUCCUUCCCCACCCAAAUCUCCAAAAGUCCUUUAUUCACCCAUCUCACCACUUUCACCAGGCAAAGCCUUAGAAUCAGCCUUUGUACCUUAUGAAAAAACCCUCUCUGAUGAUAUAAGUCCACAGAAAGUACUGCAUCCGGAUAUGGCUAAAGUUCCCCCAGCAAGUCCUAAGACAGCCAAGAUGAUGCAGCGUUCUAUGUCUGACCCCAAGCCUCUGAGUCCUACAGCAGAUGAGAGUUCCAGGGCCUCUUUUCAGUAUACUGAGGGCUACACGACGAAAGGUUCUCAAACCAUGACAUCCUCCGGCACCCAGAAAAAAGUUAAGAGAACGCUGCCAAAUCCACCUCCUGAGGAGACUUCCACGGGAACUCAGUCUACGUUCAGCACGAUGGGAACCACUUCUAGAAGAAGGAUCUGCAGAACCAACACAAUGGCACGAGCUAAGAUUCUCCAGGACAUAGACAGGGAGCUUGAUCUUGUGGAGAGGGAAUCGGCAAAGCUUAGAAAGAAACAAGCAGAACUUGAUGAGGAAGAAAAAGAAAUUGAUGCCAAACUACGGUACUUGGAAAUGGGUAUUAAUAGGAGGAAAGAGGCAUUGUUAAAGGAGAGAGAGAAGAGAGAGCGAGCCUACCUCCAGGGCGUAGCUGAGGAUCGUGAUUACAUGUCUGACAGUGAAGUGAGCAGCACCAGGCCAACCCGAAUAGAAAGUCAGCAUGGGAUAGAACGACCUAGAACUGCUCCCCAAACUGAAUUCAGCCAGUUUAUACCACCACAAACCCAACCUGAAUCUCAACUAGUUCCUCCUACAAGUCCUUAUACACAAUACCAGUACUCUUCCCCUGCUCUUCCUACCCAAGCACCAACUCCAUACACCCAACAGUCCCACUUUGAACAAGAAACUUUGUACCAUCAGCAAGUUUCACCUUAUCAGACUCAGCCAGCCUUUCAAACUGUGGCAACAAUGUCCUUCACGCCUCAAGCUCAACCUACACCAACCCCACAACCUUCUUAUCAGUUACCAUCACAGAUGAUGGUGAUACAACAAAAGCCACGGCAAACCACAUUAUAUUUGGAGCCCAAAAUAACUUCAAACUAUGAGGUGAUUCGUAACCAACCCCUGAUGAUAGCACCUGUCUCUACUGAUAACACAUAUGCUGUUUCCCACCUUGGCAGUAAGUACAAUAGUUUAGACUUGAGGAUAGGUUUGGAGGAAAGAAGUAGCAUGGCAAGCAGUCCAAUAUCAAGCAUAUCUGCUGAUUCUUUCUAUGCAGAUAUUGACCAUCACACCCCACGAAAUUAUGUCCUAAUUGAUGACAUUGGAGAGAUAACCAAAGGAACAGCGGCGUUAAGCACUGCGUUUAGCCUUCAUGAAAAGGAUCUGUCAAAAACAGACCGUCUUCUGAGAACCACUGAGACACGUAGGUCACAAGAAGUGACAGAUUUUCUAGCACCUUUACAGAGUUCCUCCAGAUUGCACAGUUAUGUGAAAGCAGAGGAAGACCCAAUGGAGGAUCCUUAUGAGUUAAAACUUCUGAAACAUCAAAUUAAACAAGAAUUCCGUAGAGGAGCAGAGAGCUUAGAUCACCUUGCUGGCCUUUCCCAUUAUUACCAUGCUGACACUAGCUAUAGACACUUUCCAAAAUCUGAAAAAUACAGCAUCAGUAGACUCACGCUUGAAAAACAAGCAGCAAAACAACUACCAGCAGCCAUACUUUAUCAAAAGCAGUCAAAGCAUAAGAAAUCAUUAAUUGACCCUAAAAUGUCAAAAUUUUCACCUAUUCAAGAAAGUAGAGACCUUGAACCUGAUUAUUCAAGUUAUAUAACUUCUAGCACUUCAUCUAUUGGUGGCAUUUCUUCCAGGGCAAGGCUUCUUCAAGAUGACAUCACUUUUGGCCUCAGAAAAAAUAUUACAGACCAACAAAAAUUUAUGGGAUCAUCCCUUGGUUCAGGACUGGGCACAAUAGGAAGUACCAUGCGGUCAGCUCUGCAGGAUGAAGCAGAUAAGCCAUACAGUAGUGGCAGUAGGUCCAGACCUUCCUCCAGACCUUCCUCUGUCUAUGGGCUUGAUUUAUCACUUAAAAGAGAUUCUUCCAGCUCUUCCCUAAGACUAAAAGCUCAAGAGGCUGAAGCUGUAGAUGUUUCCUUUAGUCAUGCAUCAUCCUCUGGAAGAACUAAACCUACCAGUUUGCCAAUUAGCCAGAGUAGAGGAAGAAUACCAAUUGUGGCCCAGAACUCUGAAGAAGAAAGUCCAUUGAGUCCUGUUGGCCAACCAAUGGGAAUGGCCAGGGCUGCAGCUGGACCUCUACCACCAAUAUCUGCAGACACCAGGGAUCAGUUUGGAUCAAGUCACUCAUUGCCUGAAGUUCAGCAACAUAUGAGAGAAGAAUCACGGACUCGAGGCUAUGACCGUGACAUAGCAUUCAUCAUGGAUGACUUCCAACAUGCCAUGUCAGAUAGUGAAGCUUAUCACCUACGCCGUGAAGAAACAGAUUGGUUUGACAAACCCAGGGAGUCUCGUUUGGAAAAUGGACAUGGUCUGGACCGAAAAUUGCCAGAAAGAUUGGUCCACUCUAGACCAGUCAGUCAACAUCAAGAGCAAGUAAGUGCUACAUUUAGCCAUCUCUCUUAUAUUUAUCAAUAAGAACAAAAACACCUCAGUUCUACCCUGGAAUGGUCUCAAUUAUCCUAAAAUGAAUGCGUGGUUCAUUUGUCAAUCAAAUUAUCUUCUUUUUUUCAGUGAGUGAAAGUGGU